UUUUUAUCACCAGUUGUGCAAAACAUCCGCACUAAAGCAAAAUACUGUCUGAAAUUACAUACUCAUCGUCACGGUGGAAAAACGGCCACCAAUCAGCUGCAGGAUUCCCCGGAGCCCCGCCCCCCUCGCAUUGUCUAUUUAUAACACUGCAACAGCCGCUGUUUGACAGCUACUGGAGCAGAUGCUGCGGAGAGUCUCUGACCACAGUUUCACCUCAGUGGAUGCGACUUUAUCUUAACUGGAAAGACAUAGCUCAAAAAUACCCAUAGUUUGACUUGACAUUUUUCUUAUCUCCGUCCUUGUAGGCGUCACAUACCUUUACAUUAAAAAAAAAAAAAAAACUGCUGUCGUGUCCUUGCAGUUAAAUUUAAAUUUGACAUAACCACAAUGACAGAAGGGUCCAACAUGGCAGAAGGUGAUGCGGCGGGUUCGGAUGUGGUGCCCGUGCCCGAAGAGGUGAAGGGGAUGGAGGAGGAGAAGAAGGAGAAGAACGGGGACAGCAGGGUGACCGUACCGGAGCAGACCGCGGAGGAGGUAGAGUUCGUGCACCCGGAGGGGGGCUGGGGCUGGAUGGUCAUGCUGGCCGCCAUGUGGUGUAACGGGUCGGUGUUCGGGAUCCAGAACGCCUUCGGUAUCCUCUUCCUGUCCCUGCUCCGAGAGUUUGGCUCCGAGCACGACGAUGACCUGCGCUUCAGGACAGCAUGGGUGGGCUCCCUCUCCAUGGGGAUGAUCUUCUUCUGCUCUCCCAUCGUCAGUGUCUUCACCGACAUCCUCGGCUGCAGAGUUACCGCAGUGGGCGGCGCUGCUGUCGGCCUUGUCGGCCUUUUGGCCAGCUCCUUUGUCACGUCUCUGGGUCCCAUGUACUUCACCUAUGGCAUUGUGUUCGCCUGCGGCUGCUCUUUUGCCUACCAGCCCAGCCUGGUUAUCCUGGGCCACUACUUCAAGAAACGUCUCGGUCUGGUGAACGGGAUUGUGACGGCCGGCAGCAGCAUCUUCACCAUCACCUUGCCAUUCGUGUUGUCGGGCCUGCUGGAAAGAGUGGGCCUUCAGAACACCAUGCGCGUCCUGUGCAUCCUUAUGUUCGUGUUGAUGCUGGCUGGCUUCACCUACAAACCCUUGCUGCCAGUCAAGCCGAGAAGCACCCGCACAGGCAACUGCCCGCCCAUGAGCGAGAUCUUUAACAUCAAUAUCUGGAGGUCUUUGGGAUAUCGCAUUUGGGCCUUCGGUAUCCCUGCAGCCCUCUACGGCUACUUUGUGCCUUAUGUUCACCUGAUGAAGCAUGUGGAGGAGCGUUUUGGACAAGACGCCAAUAAAGAAGUUCUGCUCAUGUGUAUCGGCAUCACGUCCGGUGUCGGCCGUCUCAUCUUCGGCAGGGUCGCAGACUAUAUUAACGGAGUCAACAAAGUCUACCUGCAGGUGGCUUCCUUCCUGGUCAUCGGCCUUAUGUCCAUGAUGAUCCCUCUGUGCAACAUCUUCGGUGGGCUGAUCGCAGUGUGCCUGCUGAUGGGACUGUUUGACGGCUGCUUCAUUUGCAUCAUGGCCCCUAUCGCCUUUGAGCUGGUCGGAGACAAAGACGUGUCCCAGGCCAUCGGCUUCCUGCUUGGCCUGAUGUCCGUGCCCAUGACUGUGGGGCCACCCAUCGCAGGUUUCCUGAGGGACAGACUGGGAAGCUACGACGUGGCCUUCUACUUGGCAGGCAUCCCCCCGAUCUUCGGAGGAGCCGUGCUGUGUCUGAUACCCUGGGUGGAGGCCAGGCGCAAGAGGAGGGAGAAGGAGGCGGCCCUGAACAAGGAGCAGGACGUCACCCAGAAGAUGAUCGAGCAUGAGAAAACUCAGGAAGAUGCACGAAGCAAAACAGGAGAGUCCGUCCUCUAAGUGCCCCGCUGAAACAGACUGAAAGAGAGGCACACGGGUCGGACUGAGAUACAGUAUCUGUGUUUUUAGCCAAGAUUGUAAUGACUGCCUUCAGUUGGAGAAAAUGCCAAAGUGAUGAAACAUAUCAGAUAGAGUCAUAGGUUGAAGUUUAACAUGAAUGUGAUCCCGAGGAACUAUGCAUUAGAUAGGUAGUAUAAUAUUACAACAUGGAAAACUUGAGGUUAUAAGUGAAAUUUAAGAAAACGGCAUAUUUAAUAUUUUUUCACAAGGGAAAGAAUACCUGUUAUGCAAUCAGUUGGAAAGCUGCUGACACAUCUUUAGCUGGUGUCUUUACCAAAACAGCUUCAGAAGGGAAAGGUGGACUCGUGCCGUUCUUUACAAUCCGUUUUCAACAGUAUCAUAUGUUUUAGGUUAGAAAUGUGGUAUAAAAAGAACACUUAUUGGAUUAUACAAGACAAGAACCCAGUUAUGUUUGGAAAUGUGACUUGAUGUAGCCUCAAUCAGCAUCUUUGUUUUGAAUCAGAAGAAAGAAAACUGAUCUGCUGUAGAUUUCUCCUUAACCCUGCCACCCUGUCUCCAGUGUCCCCUCAAUUGUAAACACUGGGGGUAAUAUAUCCAUAAAAUGUCAUGAGGACAUAUAGAAGAGUGCUCUGGAGGUCAUUAUUAGUGUUAAUCAUGAUGUCUGGGAUCGUCUGGGGUGUGAACUUGCUUGGACACUUUAAGGGACGCAGGUUGAAGCACAAUGAUUUGACGUCCAAGCUGAAACACUUACACAACAUGUCAAGACAAGCAUGUUGUGUAAUCCAGGAGAUCUCUUCUUUAUACAAUGGACUGCACUCAAGGCUGGAUUACUAAAAAGGCAAGGCUUGAUCCUAGACCCUCUGGGGCCCAAAGGCUCCACAUUCAUCAAGUCACAAUUAGCUUUAAUAGUACAUUAGUUUGGUGAUUCUGUAUGCACCACUGAAGCAAAGUAUAAACUGAAACGGGAGGGACCCUAAUUAAAGGAAUAAUUUACCCACAAAAUGAUCUUUUGUUUAUCAGUGACAUACCUCCUGUUACGUUAAAUUCAUGAAAGAAACUGUUUUUUUCUCGCAUGUCUCCACGGUGAAGAAUCCAUGCUUUCUUGAUGAAGUCACUGGGGUCCGUGUUUAACAACAGCAAAACUAUAUCAAGACGUCUGUUUACAAACUCUCACACAGCCUGUGCAGAAUAACCCAACUUUCAUUUAACCAGUCGUAGGUGCAGUACUUGCUUAACACAUGCAUUUUUUCUGAAAUGUUAACGAUAUAAAACGCGUCACCUAAUGAUUAGCGCAUUCUAAGCAUGCCUGAGUAGGUGCGUGUAUAUGAGCUCUGCUUGAGCAGAGUUCAAACGCUUACACAAACCGAUACACGCAACUCGGCGUGCCUGAGACCAUUUUUACUAACGUGUUUUAAAUCGUAGCAUUUUCGCAAAAAUGCAUGUGUUUUUGGAAGUACUGAGCAUACGACUGGAUAAAUGA